UUUUUUYAUCUUUUCUAGUCSUUCACSUUCAACUUCCACACAUCUCCUGCUGAACUUUUCGACGAUUUGAUUUGUUUUGAGGUCUUUGACUCCCSCAAAUACCGCAUUGMCUCAUUGAUYAGCUUUUUUCAGAUUCCUGUAGGAGAAGUCUUUGACAUGAAAGGUCACCAUGUCUUGAGAAGAUGGAUGUUACUUAGUCUUCCUGAAGGAGAAGACGAUGACGAGGAAGAACAGCAAGUCAAGCCUCCUGAACGAAAAMUUGGUGAGGUAAAAAAGAAAAAGAAGAAAUCGCGAAGAUGUGGAUCCCCCGGGGGAUAUCUCAAAGCCACGGUCAUCAUUUUAAGUCCUGGGGACGAGCCUCCGCUGCCUUCAAAGCUUGCCGGUGAAGAGGAUGCCGAUGAUAUCGAAGCGAAUCUACUGCGUCCGACAGGUGUUGACCUUCAGCCUGGGAUAUUCUCAAUAAAAAUUUUCAUGGCRGAAGAUAUUCCACAAAUGGACUCGGCCUCAAUGCAAGGCAUUAAGAAGUUUUUUGGCUUUGCCAAGAGUGAAGACAAAUUGGUCGAUCCUUACGUUAAAUUUGUUUUUGCUGGAAAAGAGGUUGAAACAGCAAUCAGGUACAAGAAAGAUAAUCCUGAAUUUAAUCAGAUUCUACGCGUCAAGUCAAGGUUCCCCCCGAUGUGCGAUUGGUUGAAGCUGCAGCUAUUUGAUUGGGAUCGUUUGACAGAUGAUGACUGCAUUGGAACAAAGAAUAUAUUUAUACCUGAUAUAUCAGGACGAGGAGAAGGAGGUUUUCUGCCCACUUUUGGUCCUUGUUUUGUCAACUUUUACGGAUCGCCGAGAGAAUUUUCAGAACUCCCCGACGAAUUCGAAGACCUGAACUUUGGAAAGGGCGAAGGAGUUGCAUACAGAGGAAGAAUGAUGGUGGAAAUCGAGACAUCACUUGGCAAUGAGAUUGAAAAGGAGGUGGAUUCAAUAAGCACACAGGAUGUCAGUCGAUCUCUAACUCUUUUACGCCGUGUUAAGUACAAACUUUUUGCUUGUUUCUACGAGGCUACAAUGGUAGCAGAGACCGACGGACCGGUGGAGUUUGAAGUCAGCAUUGGUAACUAUGGUAACAUGAUGGAUGAGUCAGUAGUGCCCUCCAACACCCCUCCUUGUAAUGCAGUGUAUGACGGUACGYAUUAUUACUAUCUACCGUGGUCUGGUGACAAGCCGUGCGUCUGUGUAGAGUGUUACUGGGAAGACAUAGCAUUUAGACUGGAACCUCUCAAUGCCUUGGCAAAUAUCAUCGAACRACUGGAAAAUAAGAUAAAAAUAGUGCAGUGCAUGAACACUAMUGGAGAACAGCCAAAGGAAAUCGCAAAAGUGUUGUUUGAACUUCUCGAUCAGCUUAUCGAGGAUUGCUCAAAACCGUUACCAAAACCAAAAGGACAGAGAAAUAAACUUGACGUCAAGUUUGAGCGUCAACGAAAUGAAGAAAUGUCUUGCGUUGCAAUUAAAGCUGCUUCGUUAAAGGAGAAAGCGACAGACAUUUCACAAGCGCUUUCCGACAUUCAGGAAUAUCUUGGAAUUUUACGGGACCUUCUCAUAGAGCCUCAAAAUAGUAUACCUGACGUCAUAAUCUGGAUGGUCAGCGGUAGCAAUAGAAUUGCUUACCACAGGAUUCCCGCGUACCAAGUUUUGUUYUCYCCUGCUGAAGAUGCAAGUGGCAAGUAUUGUAAGAGAACCAUUGAAUUGAUCAUGAAGUACCCAGGYCAAAAAGCAUUUGAUUUGAAAGAUCACCCAGAAAUCCCUGCAGUCGUAAGGCUGCAAAUGUGGUUUGGACGCGAAGAGUAUCAGAGGGACUGGAGUGGGCGCGCAAAGUCUGACGGUGAAUUUGUUAUUUAUGCCGAGACAUACGAGAAUGAGAUGUCUGUGGCAGGAAUAUGGACACAGAAAAUGCUGCCACGCCCUAAGUUCUCCARUGCAAAUGGAGAGCUGCCUCUUCCGAAAGAUAAGUUCCAGGCUCCAUCUGGAUGGAAAUUUGAUGGGGACUGGUUUAAGAACCCUGAGCUGAGUUUGGCUUACGAAAGUGACGCUGGACAUASGUUAUUCCUCCAAGACGUCUUUGAGAACGAGUCCCGUAUGAUGCCCGGGGGGGAAUGGGGCAAGGCCUCUAUUCAGUGGUCAGAUGUGCACAACGAUGAAAGUACUGGUCCAGAUAGAAUCAAAUGUCCUGAUGGCUGGGAAUGGACUACUGACUGGCAGGUGGACAGUAAUCGAGCUGUUGACAAUGAAGGAUGGGAAUACUCGGUGGAUGUCUCGUAUGGUGCUUAUGGACCUAUUCAAAAACCUUAUCACCUUGUUAGACGUAGACGUUGGGUCAGAAACCGAGAACUUCGUGAUGCAACUGCUGCCGGUAAAAAGGCAGAGAUUGAACAGUUUGUCAAGGAAGGAUGGGAAUAUGCRAACCUUUUCACCACGAGGUUUCAUGCAAAGGAGAGAAAAAUUGACUUUGUGAGGAGAAGAAGAUGGCACAGGAAAUUGAUCGCAGCAGGCAAUCAAGAUGACCAGUUGGAACUUCCUCCCAUAUUCAUGAUGCAAAUCGAAGGAGAGGAUGACGCGAAGGGAUGCAUACGCAAUAUGCCUAGGAUGUUCGUCACCUUUACCAAGCCUCGCAGCUUUCAACUUUGGGUUUAUUUGUUUCAAGCACGUGACAUGAUCUCCAAAGAUGAGAGUGGAAUGAAUGAUUGCUACGUCCGGGUAGCGUUUGGUAAACACAGUCAGUGCACAGAUGUACUGCAUCAAACUAUCUGUCCUUCCUGGGAUCAAACGCUCAUCUUUGAUCACGUUGAAAUUCACGACAGUCUUGAGAAUAUUAMCAAGAAUCCACCUCGCGUCUUCCUGGAAUUYUUCGACCAUGAUAAUUUUGGUAAGGAUGACUUUCUUGGACGAUGCUACCUUACUCCAGUCGUAAGACUUCAUGGUCACCAAAUUCCCGAGCCCUCCCUGGAGUGGGUGGAUAUUCAUCUCGGCGGUAAACGAUCAGGAGAAAUCCUGGCUGUGUGUGAGCUGUUCUUGAACGAAGGAGCAGAACUUCCAUUUGCACCUGUCAARAGAGGGAAUGUGUUCGAAGUGAGAAGCGGCGUUAGACCAGAAACACAGCCCGCUGCCAUCGAGGUUUUGUCAUGGGGAGUWAGGAAUAUGAAGAGAUUUGAGCUAACUAAAGUGACGUCACCGUGUAUCGAGUUCGAAUGCGGGGGAGCUAUGGCGUCAUCGGGUAUCAUCGCGGACACCAAAAAGAAUCCGAAUUUUGAUCAGCCAGUUCUUCCUAAAAUGAUAUUGAAUCUUCCCGUAGUAGAGAUCUAUCGACCUCCUAUGAAUAUCAGGGUGCGAGACAACCGUUCGUUUGGUCGUAAACCACUGGUCGGAAUUCAUUCAGUGCGAUCRUUGGUUCCAUUCAUGUGUACAUUACCGCAGUCGACUCAACCAGCCAAGAYUACUAUUCCAAAGAAACCACCACGUACUUCAACUGCAUCCAGCACUCCAUCACAUAUCGUUGCAAUGUCAUCUGAAGUAAAACAAGACCCUGAAGAACUUAAGAAGCAGAAGGAAGCAGAUGCAAAGCUCGAUUGGUGGUCUAAGUUCUACGCGUCCAUCAAUGAUUACGACAAGGCUGGGACCUACAUAAAACAAGGAUACAAGCCGAUGACUGUUUACCAAACAGAACUGGAAAAGGUUGACAAGUUUCAAGGAUUCAAUGACUUUAUUUUGACAUUCCCAAUUACUCGAGGCAAAACUGAUGACGAUGAAGAUGAAGAUGAUAAUGUAGUCGGGGAAUUCAAGGGAACAUUUCGAGUCUAUCCAAUCCCACUUGAUGUACCGUCAUCAUCUCUCCCUCAAACUGUCUUCACCAACUUACCUCCAAGUGUCGAUUCGUAUGUAACGAUUUGCCUUGGAAAAAAGACCAUUGACGAUGAGGAUAAUUUUAUCCCAAACAACGUAAACCCGGAAUAUGGAAGGAUGUAUGAAUUGACUGGUAAAAUCCCACUCGCAAAAGAUCUAAAAAUAAUCAUCAAAGAUCGUGACGUCAUGGGCAAAGAUGAUGUCAUAGGGGAAACUGUAAUUGAUCUGGAGCAGAGGCUGUUGAGUCAAUACCGAGCGACAUGCGGUYUACAGAAAGAUUACUACAGGUCAGGUAUCUAUAAGUGGCGAGACAUCCAAAAACCAAAGCGAAUUCUUCAAGAUUUGUGCGCACUGCACAACAAAGCUUCACCUGUAUUUGGAGUCGAUAAYCUACAUGUCGAUGAUAAGAUAUAUACUCUUGAUGAUAUUAAAGAGGAUGAUGAUAGUAUGUCAAAAGCGCACCUCGGUAGUGAUGAUCAGCGGCUUGCCCUUCAUGCUCUCAAUCAAAUGGAUUUGCUUCCUGAGCAUGUCGAGACCAGGACUCUUUACAGCUCAUUGCAACCCAACAUGAAUCAGGGACAACUUSAAAUGUGGGUUGAUAUUUUCCCAAAGCACCUUGGGAAACCACCUCCACCGGUGGACGUGACAUCAAGACAACCAAAGCCGUAUGUCUUGCGUGUUGUUGUGUGGAAUACUAGUGACGUACAACUACAGGAAACAUCGGUUACUGGCGAGAAAAUGAGUGACAUCUUUGUUAAAGGGUGGUUGGAUGGCAUUGAUGACAGUAAAGAGACCGACAUUCACUACCGAUCUUUGAAUGGCGAGGGCAACUUUAACUGGAGACUGAUUUUUCCAUUCAUGUACCUUCCUUACGAUAAAAAACUAGUGAAGUCUGAGAAGGAACACAUUUGGAGUAUUAGCGAAACGACCAUUCCUUUUACGCCGAAGCUUGUCAUCCAARUAUGGGAUGAUGACAUCAUUGGCUCUGAUGACUUUAUUGGCAGCGCYGAGAUCGAUCUCACUCAAGUGACUAAGCCUGCACAAACCGCAGGGAAAUGCAAUCUUCAAUCAUGGCAGUCUAGCCCCAAUGACAUUGAUUUAUUUAGUCAUCGCAUUGUUAGAGGGUGGUUUCCGGUGUCUUCGCACAAGUGUGGCAAAGAAUUGCUAACGGGAAAAUUGGAAUUGACAAUCGAAGUGUUAACGGAAGAUGAGGCAAACAGAAGGCCUGCUGGAGAAGGACGCGAAGAUCCCAACAAGAAUCCUCCUCUGCCCGAUCCUCAACGACCAGCUACGUCAUUCUUGUGGUUCACGUCACCGUUCAAAACUCUAAAGUACAUCAUUUGGAAGCGAUAUAAGUGGUACAUACUUAUUGCUCUACUUCUAAUCCUCCUGAUAUUGAUCGUGGCGUUAUUUAUCUAUUCGACACCGGGCUAUGUUGUUAAAAAAAUAUUGGGAGCCUAGCCAACUGAAACCCUAWUGCUAGGGYUCAUCCUGUUAAAUUCUGGAAUUGUUAAACUCGGCCACUUAAUUUUUUUUUGUUUCUUUUUCUUUUGUAAUUUGGUGUGUGAAAAGGAAAUAUGUUUCGCUCAUAACUUGUUUGUAAUAAAGAAAUGAUAAGRAGAAUAAGGUAAAUAAAUGAAAGAUAAAAAAUA